UAAUUUGAUGGGUUCAAGGUGCAACAUGCAAGUUCAGAUAUUGUUCGGAUUUCUAUAAUAUGCUCAUUGUUUAAACAGCACUUUGUGAAUUACGGCCAUAAAAUCUGGUUUGACUGAUUAUUAAUUGAUUAAAUAUGUAAUCAUAUCAGGGCAUGGCAAUAAAAAGGAACAUAUCAAAAUGUAAACAUCAAUGUUGAUGUGUUGAAUGAGCAUGUCAAGUGUUUUAUUACUAUAUGAUUUGAGUGACAGGGUGUUUUUUUUUUUUUUUGUGGUGUGGGGGGUGAACGGUGACAUUGUCCCCCUUCGCUGUCACGUGCUGUGGAAUAUGCUGGCUGCCUUUGUCAGCCUGUGACUCGUUCUGCUUUUCUGGCAGUUUCAUACAAUGGUGCCCUCAUGCACUAUGAUGUUAUCAAGCCCCUCACAGUACGACUGCUGGAACUCAGGCCUGCAUGCAAGCAUCCUUACCUGGGACACAUGGAUAGCACAACCUUGAGACACAGCAAGCGCUCAUAGCAGGGAGGACUCAAAGGAGGAGUCAAAUAUCAGGAUGUCUCUCAGAACAGAGGGGGCCCAGUGUGGUGGUGUUGCUGUGGAGUUUGACGAUGAUAAUGACAGAGAUUCACCUGUGAUCAAAGCCAGGAAUAUACCACAAUCAGCCCUCAUCUACCUCAAGGGCCCCAAGUUCCUCAUCUAUGUGAGCGGAGCGUUAUCUAUGUGGGGUGAUCGCAUGUGGCAUUUCGCCAUCUCUGUCUUCCUGAUUGAGCUGUAUGGGCAUAACCUGCUGUUAACUGGCAUCUUUGGACUGGUGGUGGCCGGAUCAGUGCUCUUAUUAGGGGCUUUGAUUGGAGACUGGGUUGACCGCAACCCGAGAAACAAAGUGGCCCACGCAUCCCUAUUCAUUCAGAAUAUCUCAGUGACCAUCUGCAGCAUUGUGCUCAUGUUGGUGUUCUCAUACAAAAAGUGGAUUGAGGAAAUCUGGGAUGGGUGGCUAACUGUGGUUUGUUAUACGGUGGUGAUCGUCCUGGCAGAUUUGGCGAACCUCGCCAGCACAGCUCUCACCAUUGCCAUCCAGAGAGAUUGGAUAGUGGUGAUCACAGGCUACAACCGUGGUCAUCUCGCAGGAAUGAAUGCUACAAUGAGACGGAUCGAUCAGGUGACCAACAUCCUGGCUCCACUGGCGGUGGGUCAGGUAAUGACCCUGGCCUCUAAUGUGGUUGGCUGUGGCUUCAUCUUAGGAUGGAAUCUGGUGUCCCUCAUUGUAGAGUUCAUCUUCCUCUCCAGAGUCUACCGGAUUGUGCCAGCGCUGUCCGCCAAACCACCAGCUAUGGAACAUCAAAGCUAUUUAGAGAAGAAAAGAGAAAGAAAACGCUCACAAAGCAGGACCUCAGCGUGUCCAGCUGCUGCCAUCUCAGAGGAAAGCACCAGCUUGCAUUUACAAGAAAUAAGCCGAAUCCCAGUGUGCCUUCAUCGGCUGCGUGGGCUCCUCAGCACCUGCCAGGAAGGAUGGAGGGCGUAUUACAGACAGCCUGUUUUCUUCGCCGGCCUGGGCCUGGCCUUCCUUUACACCACAGUGCUGGGCUUUGACUGCAUCACCACCGGCUACGCCUACACCCAGGGCAUCAGUGGCUCGCUGCUCAGCAUUUUGAUGGGUGUGUCUGCUGUGGCGGGGCUUCUGGGUACUGUGCUUUUCACAAAGCUGCGCAAAGCAUGUGGCCUGGUCAACACAGGGGUCAUUUCCAGCGCUCUGCACCUAGUUUGCCUGUUGCUUUGUUUGUGGUCCGUGUUUGCCCCCGGUAGCCCCAUGGACCUCAGCAUACUAAAUAUAGGGAAUGCAUCAGAUGUGGGAGGGAUGACCGGAGGUCACCAGAGGCACGGAUACCCACUGCGUGGAGGCAGCAACCAGCCUCUGCUGCCAGACCGUUCCUCCAUUCACUGGACCAAUAACACUGUGCUGUUUGAGAACGCGCCAGCAGGGACUGAGCCAGAGUCUUACGUCUCUAUCAUCCUGCUGUUCCUUGGAGUCAUUACAGCUCGAGUUGGUCUCUGGUCCUUUGACCUGACAGUGACUCAGCUCUUGCAGGAAACCAUUAGUGAAUCAGAGCGUGGGGUGGUGAAUGGAGUCCAGAGCUCCAUGAACUACCUGAUGGACCUGCUGCACUUCAUCAUGGUCAUCUCUGCACCCCAGCCACAACACUUCGGCAUCCUUGUCAUCAUCUCCAUCCUGUUCAUUUUCACGGGACACACCAUGUACUUCCUGUAUGCCAGGAAAAUCAAGAGGAAACCACGUACAAACACAUAAGCGACACAAAUCUCUCUUGUGAAUGUGUCUCAAUCCCUGCGCUACACCAUGUGUUAAGAUUCACUUACACAAAACGCACUGUAUCCAGCUCAGUACAUUGAAAAAAGCUGUCGCAGUGAUCUCUUCGGAAGAAAGAAAGGGUUAGGCAGCAGCGUAGUACUCAGGUGAACAUAAUCAGGAAACAGC